UUGAAUACGUGACUACUUCACCUGUAUUAUCAAAGUUAUAAACUAAAGGUCAAAUAAAACAGCUGAUCUAUCCGUAUAAAAGGGCAAGCAAUAUUCUUAAAUCAUAUUUCCAUUUUAACAUUUAUACAGAGUGGAGAUCCAGGCUUUAAGCAUACGGGGUGCUUGUAAAGAACUAAACAUGAAGAUGUGGAGUGCUAUAGUUUACACAAUGGCUUGCAUGACCGUUGUAUAUGGAUAUGCAUGCCCCGACGAAGAAGGCGUAUUCUUCCAUGCUGAUGUUGAAUCAGGAUGCCAGACUUUUCAUAGAUGUGAAGGAACUGAAAUGACAACAAUGGCCUGUCCUGCAGGGGAAGCUUUUGAUUAUCAAUCCAAUCAAUGCAAAGACAAGGCUUUAGUCAGCUGCUUAGAAAUCGAUUCAGAUCAUCUUCAUUGGCGCAAGCGUUCAACAGAUCUUAUGGUUCACUCCAUCAAUAGAGAGCACCUUAGGGAGGGAAUGAAAAAAUUAUUUCGAUCCGUUAUUCCUCUAAUUGGUAAAACAGUGAGAGACGUUGCGCCAUCUGUUUAUUCCCAAAUUGAAACAGAUUAUGCUCCAAUGGUCGGAAAAUUCCAAUCUGAGAUGAUGCCGUUCAUCAAAGACAGAGUGCUUCCAAGAGCACAAAAAGCUUUCACUUACGCUAAAAAUAUGGGCGAGAGAAUCUUUGAGAAAAUUCACCAAUCAUACGAGUUGUCCAACUCCACUUACAUUACUAUAGUUUCCUUUUCUGAUAUACUAUCCGAUUUAGCUAGAGAUUUAGAACCCUUAAUGAAGCUUGGAAAGUAUUUAACUGCAAAGCUUGGUCCACAUGGCAGAGCAAAAAGGUCAGUUGAAACUCAGGAAGAGGAAGCAGCUCUUGAUAUGCUUGUAGAAUUCAUGGAACCUUUUUUUAUUGAAUUAAUUCGUUCUUCUCAGGACUUUGUUGGAAAUCAUGUUAACGUUUCUGGUUUAGUCGCUGAUUUAGCUAAGAACGGCUUGAAUUUGACUAAGCUGAAAAAGUAUUUAGCCGCUCAGUCACACAGGCACACAAUAGCAAAACGAUCUGUUGAUGAAGAAGACGAAGAAGAAGUACCUGAUAUGCUGGUCGGAAUUGUAGAACCUGUGUUCGCUAGAGUAAUUGGUACAAUCCAGAAAAUUGCUGGUGGGGAUGGGAACUCAAUAACCAGCAAAAUCAUUCUUCCAGUUAUCUAUGAAAUGGCAGCAGAUCGUGAGACUACUUUCUACCUUAAACAGUUAUUUUGGAACUUAAAGUCUGCAAUUUCACCUAUAAUUUCUGAUAUGCUCAGUCAACAAGACUGGAAUUCUGGUGCAGAAAUCACUGUCAAAAUCCCCAGGGAAGAAGUAUCAGCCGCAUUGUCUAGAUUUCAAAAUCGGGUUAAGCCACUUUUUAAGAAGAUAAUGCGAAGGCAUUCUCAAGGAAUAUUUCAAAGAAUGGCUGAUAACGUCCCACUUCUAUUCGACACAUGGGACAGAUUUGAGCAGACAUCACCAGCACGUUUUGAUAUUCUGAAAGACAGUAUUACUCGCUUUUUCAAUAAGCACUACGAUAUGAUUAGAACAUCAAGCCCAACCCAUUUUUACAGUUACGCUUUAACAGAAAUAUUGAGAGAUUUAAGACCAAUAGAAGUUACAUUAGGACAAUUGUUCUUGGAAUAUAUGAAACUUACACCUAAUUCUUUAUAUCACACUUUUUUCAGUAGGAAUUCAUUAAUUUAUAGGCUUGUUAUGGGAGAAGGUGCUCCUCACUAUGCUGUUCCAAGAUUCUAAUAUUGAUAUUGAAACACAUAGAAUUUAAUCUGUGAUAUCAUUCUGUAUCUCAUAAUUUCAAAAAGCAUUUGGCAGCAUUAUUCAAUAAAAAUAUUAUUUUAACUUCAA